ACAAAACUACCUGUAAACUCAUAUUUAAAAAUAAAUGAAAAAAAGUUCACCAAAAAUAAUUCGACGGGAAAAGUUUAUUUGUCUUCUCUUGCGAAUCUUCUUCAAUCCCACAAAUGGUAACUCUCUCUCUUCUCUUGUCGGAGAGGAGAUUACUGGAAGAGUAAGGCAAGAAGCAAAGCAUCCUUUGCAUUUCUGAUCACCUGAGCAUUCUUGGCAGCCAGUCAUGACGGCCGACACCACGGCACCGAGUUAUUGGCUGAACUGGAGGUUCUUCCUCUGUGCUCUGUGGAUCUUUACCACUAUGGUGGUUGCAUCUUACUUAAUUUGGAAAUAUGAAGGCCUCAAAAGCUCGCGGUCAGAGAGGAGAGAGGAACAGGUAGAAACAGCAGGUUAUCUGCAUGAGGAUGAAGCCUGGACGACAUGUCUCAAGGGAAUACAUCCCGCUUGGCUGCUCACUUACAGGAUUGUUGCUUUCAUUGCGCUCUUUUCGUUGCUCUUCGCCAAUCUUGUUCUUGAUGGAGCUGCCAUUUUCUACUUUUAUACUCAGUGGACAUUUGCUUUGGUCACUGUAUAUUUUGCGCUUGGAUCUUCACUUUCCAUUUAUGGAUGUCGCAAAUAUCAGAGUAGAAUAGGUGAGGAUGGAAAUAUCGGAUUGGACGCAGAGCGAGGCACUUAUGUAGCUCCUAGCCUUGGGGAGACUUCAGAAACGUCAAAUUUGCCAAAAAAUUUAUACUCUCAUGAAGAGCAUCAUGCUUACCAAACUGCAGGUGUCUGGACUUACAUCUUCCAAAUUACUUUUCAGGUGUGUGCUGGUGCCGUGGCGCUCACUGACUGCAUGUUUUGGCUCAUUCUUUAUCCAUUUUUGACUUCUAAAGAUUACAAACUAAAUUUUAUGAUGGUCAGUAUGCACUCACUCAAUGCGUUUUUCCUGCUCGGUGACAUGAUAUUGAAUUCUUUGCGGUUUCCAUUGUUUCGGGCUGCAUACUUUGUGCUAUGGACAGGAAUAUUUGUGAUCUUUCAGUGGAUAAUCCACGCUUGCGUUUCGAUGUGGUGGCCUUAUCCAUUCCUUGACCUAUCAUCCCCAUACGCUCCCUUAUGGUACAUUGGAGUAGGGCUGAUGCAUAUACCAUGCUAUGGCAUCUUUGCUUUGAUUAUUAGGAUUAAGAACGUCUUGAUGUCGAGAUCGUUCCCGGAGUCUUAUCAGAGUAUGAGGUGAGGAUGUAAAGGAGGAGACGCCAAAUUCUGUUCUUUGUGUCAUCAUGGCCGUAACCACAAUAGCUACACCAUUUUUCAUGUGAAAGAACAACUAACAUACUUUUCCUCCCUUUUCUGGUCUGGAUAGAGGAUAAAAAUAGUAGCUCAAUGCGACCCUCUUUAUUCUGAGGGGUUCAAUACUUGCUUCACUAAAAUCUUGGAGAUAAAUACACAUCUUAGUUUUUGCUUUAGGGGUGAAAAUAUAAAAGGAAAGUGGUACAUAUUCCUCGGUUAUAUUUGUACGUAAAUUGCAAAGUUAUGUGGUGAAUACAUAUACUUUUCUUGUAGAA